GGGACACUGGACAGCAUGGUCCGUGUGCUUGAAGUGAACGACGUGCCGUUCUUCCCAAAGCACGGUGCCAACAACAAGGGGAACAGCAGUCGCAAUGACACAACACCUACAACUGGAAACACAAUGACGCGCGAAGACACCAUGCUCUCUUCGCUUGUCGACCUGUCCCCGAUCCACCGCAUGAUGGCUGCGUUUGGGUGUGGCGAUCGAAAUGGGGACGGUCGUGGGGAACAGGAACUGCUUGAGAAUGGAGAGCACAGGACACCUCCCGCUCCAUCAGUUGCAAGGUCCACCAGCACGUACAUGGAAGAGAGGGUGAACGCCAUCCGCCGCAACGAGACCAUGCUGCCCUUGCAACAACAGUCACGUUUGCAACACAAGCGUGUGCGACGGAAUGAUGACCCUGAAGUGCAGGCAGGGCAAUGCACGCUGGCAAGCGUGAUGACCGGUACGUGUCCUGGCGCAAAUCAUCGUGGAGGACUCGCUAUUACCUUGAGUGAGAAUGACGACGUGGACGACAACACGGAUGCUAGCGGGCUACGUGCCAUCUCCAGCAACGUGGUCGCAUUGGCCGUGAAUGGGCACGUGCAGGAAGCGCCGCUGCAGUGGAUUGUGAAAAAUGGCAAUUGGACGGUGUGCCAUGCUGUUGUCUUGGAUGGUGUGCAAUACCCCAUAUUUCAGUUGAGCGAGCUCAACCUUAUGGCCCGCAUCGACACGAUAUGGAUACUUGACAGCGUGCUGCUGCGGGAAGUGAACACGAGCGGGUUUGCUCUCGCACAUCAGCUCACUGCCUUUCGCGCAAUCAACAAUUCCCUCACAUCCGUUCCAGACGUUUCUGGCAUGACCUCGCUGUCAACUCUCAGCCUGAACAACAACCGCAUCUGUCGCAUCGCAAAGGACGUUUUCAAGGGCUUACCAGUCCUGCAGCUGCUGCUCCUUGGCGAGAACCGCAUUUCCAAGAUUGAGUCGCAGGCGUUCGAUAACCUCACUCAGCUGCAGCUACUGACCAUGUUUACCAACGACAUCAGCGCCAUCCCUUCCGGCCUGUUCCAUCAACUCACGAGCCUUACCACGUUGCAGCUGCAGCAGAAUCCAAUCACGACAGUUGACGCCGACGUAUUCGCUGCGCUGACAAUGCUGGAUCACCUCAACCUGGUGGACACGCUCCUCACUAGCUUGCCACCCACACUGUUCCGAAACACCACCCGUCUCGCUGUUCUUGGGCUGGCGCGAAACUUCAUCACGUCCCUUGACGAGACCGUCUUCUCCGGCCUGACUUCGCUGCAGCAUUUGCAGAUCUUCGAAAACCGACUGACAUCCCUGCCACCGGGCGUGUUCAAGGACUUGACGGCGCUGACACGGCUCUUUUUGAGUGUAAACAAAUUAACAUCAUUGCCUGAAGGGCUACUUGACACUUGCAUUCGCCUUGGUCAGUUCUUUUGUCACACCAACUCCCUAGCCACGCUCCCAGCCAACCUGUUUGCCAACAACCCAGCACUUCGGCAUCUUAACUUGGCCAACAACGAACUUCGCUCCCUGGAAACGGCACAGCUGUCCUCUCUGCAGUUCCUCGACCUGAAGAACAAUCAACUCACCAAGCUGCGUCUGUUUCGAGAAUUGCCUCGUCUUCAUCGACUCGACUUGAGCGACAACCCCAUGCAGGAGCUGCCAGAUGUCACGCUCACGCCUGCCCUGGAAACCCUCCGGUUGAAGAACCAUGAAAGCAAGCACAUGGAGUUGGCGCCGCUUCUUCGUUUGUCCAACCUCACCAUUCUUGAGCUCAACGCCUCCCCGCUAGCGAAUUCCAGGGCGGUCUUGACGGACACCAACAUCACGAGCAUUACGCGGUUGUCAACCCUAAGUCUGGAGAACGUGGACGUCAGCGCCGCGGUCCCAUCAUUCGAGCAACUUCCACCGCUCAGCCUACGCACGCUUCACGUGGGCUGGCCGGGCGCCAUGAACCGCACGCUUCCAAUCACUGAGGUGUGCAAGCUGCUGGCAAGCAGUGUUCAUGAGCUCCGCAUUGCCAACACAGACUACAGAACCAUUGAGCUGUGUCCCGACAAGACAUUCGACUCACUCCUUCUCAACGACAACCAGCACCUGCGAUCUGUCACCGUCCACAAUCCGCUUCGAGAGCUGAACGUGUCCGGCUGCACCCAGCUCACAUCCAUUGAUGCCCCUCCAAUCGAUAUUCUCGACAUCAGCAACACCAACUUUCCGCCAACUGGUGCGCUGUGCACGCGGUGGGGUACACGCAUCCUCUUCACUCGCAAUUUGGUCGGAGACAUCGAUCUUCGACAGGCUGCCACGACUGCACGCAACUGCCUUGAGCUGGCAGACGUGUUGGACCUCUCGGGUAACUUGUGGCUGAGGCAGGUGACAGAGGUCAAUCGCGUGACAGAGCGGAACAUUGUCUUAUCAGAUGAGCAGUUUGGGACGGCCGAUUUCGUUGCAAUUCCAAACCGCCCCACUCCUCCCAUCCUUCAGCUGACUGAUGCGCCCAUUGAAUGUGCCCUUAAGCUGUCAAACCAGGACUUGCGGCCUCGAGCUAAUACGGUUCUGUUGACUCCCCAGAUUGUGUUCUCCUUCCACUGCACGUGUGCCCGCGGUUUCAAGAUGACGUCGGGUGGGCGUUGUGUGGUGGACGAGCCCAACGUUGCCGGCAUCGCCGCUGGCUCCGUGAUUGGCGGCCUUGGCAUUGGCCUGCUCAUGGCGUGGCUGUCACGCCGCUACCGUGGCCUGACCAAGCGCAUUGGUCUGCAGGAGCAGCUGCUGGUGGAGCGAGACGAAGAAGUGAUGGCGCUGAAGAAGGCGUGGGAGGUUGAGUACGAUGAGCUGAGGAUGAUCAAGCGGGUGGCUGCGGGUGCGUUUGGCGUUGUGUUCAAGGCAGAGUGGGACACAGUCACAGUGGCAGUGAAGGUGUUGCAGCAAGCCGUCAUGGCAUUUGACGAGAGCACGGUGUUGGAGUUUGAGAAGGAGGUGGAGUUCCUGCAGCGAACACGGCACCCACACGUGGUGCGGUUCUUUGGUGCGGGCACAGACCCCAACGGCAGCCCGUUCCUGGUGCUGGAGUUUGUGGCGAGGGGGUCACUCAAGGACCUGUUGAGGAAGGACAUGGAACAGGUGUUGAAGAACGCGAGGAACGAGAGCGCUGAUAGCGGUACAGAUGCAAGCGUGAUUGCAGAGGAUUUUGGUGAGGAGUUGACGUUGGUGAGCACAGGAAGCGACAAACGAGAUGAGACGAUGACUGCAUGGAAUUUAAAGCUGCGACUGCUGCGUGAUGUUGCCAGGGGCAUGGCCUUUAUCCACAGCCUCGACCAGAUGCACCGAGACCUGAAGAGCGGCAACGUGCUGGUAUCUGCUAACUUGCGCGCCAAGAUCACGGAUUUCGGAUCCAUUCGCCAGUGCUUCACACGAGACAGGAACCAGCACCAGCAGCGCACUCGUCUGUCGUCCAGCCAUAAUGAUGAUCCCCAGUACAGCCAGCAAGCUGGGCUGCAGACGAUGACGAGCAUGACGCUGACGGCUGGCGUGGGCACGCCGCUGUACAUGGCACCAGAGGCACUGACGGGCGACAAGUACAGCUUUGAGGCUGACAUCUUCAGCUUUGGUGUGCUGAUGUGGGAGGUGGCGACGCAGCGUGUGCCGGACCUGAUUGCACAGGAGAAGGGGAGCGGGUAUCGGGGACCAAUUCUCGCCACCAUCAGCAACUUGAUGGCAGAUGGGAAGCGGCUCAAGUUUGACGACAGCGAACAGGAUGGUGAGUUAUGUGUGAUGUGA